AUGGUUUGGGUUUCAAAUCCAGGAAAAGUAUUUUUAGUUGGACUUGGUCCUUAUAUCUACGAUCCUAAGUUUUGCAGUAUUUCUUUUGUUAGUCAAACAAAUUAUGUCUAUAGUGUAGCAGCCGGAACAGAACAAAAUGCUAGUCAGUCAUAUUUUGUUUAUAUCGGAGAAGAUCUUGUAAGUGGAAACCAGGUUGUAGGUGUAAUCCGCUAUAAUACAACCAAUAAUCCAUGCACAUAUGAGUAUGCAAAUAUUCAGUAUUUUAAUUAUAGCCAUCAAGAAUUUUAUAUAGUUGGUGUUGAUCCACUAGGCUUAUACGCUUAUGGUCAGGCCGCUGACUUUGCUUUUGUUUAUAAUCUAAAUACCUACGAGAUAAACGUUCAACCACGGCAGAUAGUUCUGGAUGCUCCCUUCUCUGCUUUUCCGUCUUUUGUUCCACAUGCGUUGAGUAUGACUGAAAAUUUUGUUAUUGUAGCUGGAUAUGGUUUUGAUACCAGCGUUAGCGAGUAUGCUCCUAUUGCUUGUCUUUUCCAUUUGAAUCCUCUCACAUUUGAUAUUUCAUUCGUAACGUUUGUACCACUAUUCAGUGAUAAUAGAGUAAUUCCUAUUAUUUCUGCAGUAGAUUACAGUUUAGCAUAUGACAUGUCCGUAGCUGUCAAUGCACAGAAUCAAGUUCUGGUUGGUGUACCAUCAUUUGAUAGUGUAGUACUACUGUCUGUUAAUGCGACUAAUUUAAAUAUUGUUAAUUCUAUAACUCGAUAUCAAAGUUAUACAGGUUUUGGUAAAUCCGUAGCUUGGAUUGAUAAUACAACAGCAGCCAUUCUUGUUUAUAAUCUUGCAGAUUAUCCGUGGUCAUCAUCUACUGUACAUGUGUUCGAUCUUGAAUAUUCUUCUAUCACGCCCAUAUUUGCCUUGCCCAACAAUCAACAAACUUUCUUUUCCAACUUGUACUCAUCAGUAAGUCCGAGUUUCGUUAAGAUAGGUUCUUGGUCAGGAAAUUUGAUUAUAUUGGAUAGUAACGGUGAGAUAUUGCUCAUUCAUUCUAGUCCAUCGGGGUACUGUAGCGUUAGCAAUAAAACUUAUUUCGGUAUUCUAAAUAUAUUUUUACCAGUCCCCUGUUCAGCAGGAACAUUUAAAAAUAGCUCAGGCAUUGGACCGUGUUUUGUUUGUCCACAAGGAAGAAAAAAUUCAGGUGAUACAGGUAUUGAAUGUGCUUGGUGUCAGACAACAUCAUUUUGCCCAUUAGGUUCAGUGAACGAUGUCAAUUAUUCCACAGUUCAAAGUAUUAGUACCGUUCGCGCUUAUCCAGAGUCACCUGAUAGUACCAUAUUCGAUGAUAUUUUAAUUCAAAAUAUGUUUGCCAUUGGUAGUACUAAUCAUUGCAUUGUUGUAAGUCCUCUGUUUUGGACAUCCAUUAUAAUCAUUCUGGCUAUUCUUCUUCUUGUUGUUAUGGCUUUGUUAAAAGUCUUUGAAAAAAAGAAAAAUCAUCUGAUAUUGAUCAAAAAAAUAUUUAAACAAGUAGAUCUCGUAGGUGAAGGUGAACUUUGGGUUGGAGGUUUAAUAUCGUUUGCUAUUAUUGUCUUAGUUACAUUUGCGUACUGGUUUAGUAGUUCUUAUUUGGGACAAUAUCCAAUUGAGACGUCAGGCGAUUCAACAUUUGCUUGUGAUACUAGUAUACGUAAUGCAAAAUUCAGUACCGGUUUACAAUUGUUAUCUAUCCCGAAGUCAGAUGAGCAAGAACCUAUUUUUAAUAUGCUUGACGACCAAAAGUUUACAAUGAGUGUUGACUUUGUUAAUACUUUAUACAGACAUGCGGAUAUUACUGUUCAGCAAAAUAUUGGUUCUAAUGUUGUUUUAUUGAAUAUUUCUGAUUAUCUAUUGCAGAACGAUAAUGCCACACUUCAUAUUUCUCUUGAUUUACCUUUUCAUCAGAUGAAUGUUCAAUUUAAUCUAACUGGUCCUUAUUCAGUUGGAGGUGUAAGAAUUUGCCUGUCAGGAUCAUUGUCUAGUAAUGGGAGUUAUACAGUUCAACAACUGUAUUUUUGUAAAUUUUUUUAUAACCUUAACGAAACAUUUGCUCAUUCAUCUAGCAUUGAUUUACAACUAACUAAAGUAAUAAAUGUCACAGAUGUAUUGACUGUAGGUGACAAUAUUUUGUACAGUGGAUUAUGGAUACCAACAUUUACUGUUGGUACAAUAUCAGAUCAACUUUUGUAUAGUCAAAAAGGUGAAUACUUAAGAUAUGCUUCGACGCAAACAACUUUGUUAAUAACUAUUGGUGAAACUCAGUUUUACAUUCAAAAUACUCAGAGUCCAAUUGCCAAGCAGUCUGAGAUUGUUUUUCAUAAUUUGUUGUUUACAAUCGUAUGUCUUGAAAUAUUUGGACUGAUAUUUUUGAUUAUUAAACUUCUGUUUGCUCCAGUUUUUACGACACUUUUACUUAAAGUUCAACGUAAGUAUAGUCAUAUACGAAUUCUUGAUAUGGAUGACACUAAAACAGAGAAAGAAGAUGCACUUGAGAUCAAAAUAAUUUCCACAUCGAGUAGCAGACCAAGACAACUUCUUCCACAAGCUUUCUCAGUGCCCAACGACUUGAGUCAUAUGCAGGGUAAUGCAAUUUCAGGUCAUAAUGAUCUAAUAAAAGAAGACAAUAUUGCUGACUAG